AUGGAGCGUGCUAGCUCUCCCACCCCCAAUUCUCGUGAAUCAAUUAGCAGCGGCAGUGAUCCUCUAACUGCGAUCGCAACGACCCAAGAUCGUCGGGAAUCCCAGUUCGAGGCCAUUCGUGCUGACACACUAAGUCGUCGUCCUACCAAUCUCAAUGAGGUCGAACUAGAACGUAUCGAAACCUACCGCCUCCAACACCGUUCAACCGUCGGAUCUGGAGUUCCUGUACCACGCGGAGAAUGGCUACCGAUGGGCGCUGGGAAACCAUACCCACCAGCUUUGCCGGACCCCGAACAAUUCGUGGUGGAAUUUACGGGUGCAGACGAUCCUCUACACCCGCAAAACUGGUCCCUGCGCCAGAAGAUUAUCAUAUCUGUGGUACUGGCAUACUCCACGUUUGUCUCAUCGUUCGCUAGUGCAAUCUACUCCUCUGCCGUUGUCGAAGUCAGCCCUUAUUUCCACAUCAGCUCCGAGGUCGCUAUCCUCGGCGUGACGCUCUAUGUCUUGGGAUUUGCUUCGGGGCCAACCUUGUGGGCUCCGGCAAGUGAGUUGAUUGGAAGAAGAUGGCCGAUCAUUGUUGGGGUAUUUGGCUAUGCGAUUUUCACAGUUGGAACUGCAACUUCCAAGGAUGUCCAAACUCUCAUGUUGACUCGAUUCUUUGCGGGUUUCUUUGCUGCAAGCCCAAUUGCCAUCGUCCCGGCCGUUUUUGCGGAUAUUUACAACAAUCAGACUCGUGGUGUGGCUAUCGCAAUGUUUGCCAUGGCUGUGUUUGUCGGCCCCUUCGCAUCGCCCUUUACCGGUGGCUUCAUCACAAUGUCCUAUUUGGGAUGGAGAUGGACGAUGUAUAUCUCUUGCAUCAUGGGCUUUUUAUCUACGGUGCUAUGUCUCCUGUUCCUCAAGGAGACAUAUGCACCCGCUAUCCUUGUGGAGAAAGCUAUCAAGCUGCGCAGGCAGACCCACAAUUGGGGUAUACGGGCAAGGCAGGAGGAGGUCGAGCUAGAUUGGGAGGAGUUGAUAACGAAUAACUUCAGUCGCCCAUUCCGGAUGCUCUUCACAGAGCCAAUUGUAUUCUUGAUCUCUCUGUGGAUGAGUUUUGUUUAUGGAUUGAUGUACGCACUUCUCAGUGCAUACCCUGUCGUGUUCCAGGAAAUCCACGGGAUGAAUCUCGGAGUUGGCAGUCUACCUUUCAUCGGGUUGAUCAUUGGUGAGCUCCUUGCCGGUGGUUAUAUCCUGCUGGACCAAAAGUCGUACUCGAAAAAGCUAGCGGCCAACAACAAUAUCCCUAUUCCCGAGUGGCGUCUUCCACCGUCUAUACUUGGAGGUAUCUGUUUCACUAUUGGGUUAUUCUGGUUUGGUUGGACGGGGUGGACCAAAUCUAUCCACUGGAUGGCACCAACCGCGAGUGGAGUAAUCACUGGCUUCGGGAUCUACGUGAUCUUCCUGCAGUGUUUUAACUACCUGAUCGACUCAUAUCUCACAUUCGCGGCAUCUGUGUUUGCUGCCAACACGAUUAUUCGAUCCGCAGUUGGAGCAGCAUUCCCGCUAUUUUCAAAACAAAUGUUCCAUAACUUAGGGGUACAAUGGGCUGGUACUCUACUUGGGUGCUUGGCAUUGAUCAUGGUUCCUAUCCCUCUCGCGUUCAUCAAGAUUGGACCAAUCCUGAGAAAGAAGUCGAAGUUUGCUCCGAGUUUUGGACCGCGUGAACCCGCUUCUUCAGAGAAAGAGCCAAGGGCAUCUGUCUAG